ACUUCUCUUUUCUCUUUCCUAUUGCUAUAUAUAACAGUCUUACUGUUUCACACACAAACCCUCUCUCUCGUAUCUUCCAUCUCACUUCAAAUUCAUUCUCCCUUUCCUAAUAUGAGUCAAAGAUAUGACAACAAUGUUUUCAAAUCUCACAUAAAUAAUAUCCAACUUGCUCCUGGUAUCACCGAAACACUUCAUCUUCCUCCCCCACUUCAAACCGAGCCUACCAUAAGAGGAAAGCAAAAUGGUAAAUCAAAAGGUCCAAGAAAUGCAAAAUCUGCGAAUGCCGAUUCCCCUAAUUCGACUGCAGUUAACAAUUGUCGCUAUGACAGUUCCUUAGGACUGUUAACCAAGAAAUUUGUGAGCUUAAUCCAGGAUGCUAAGGAUGGAACGCUGGAUCUAAAUAGAACCGCCGAGAUCUUGGAGGUUCAGAAAAGGAGAAUUUAUGACAUUACAAAUGUUCUUGAAGGGGUAGGAUUGAUAGAGAAAACAUCAAAGAAUCAUAUACAGUGGAAGGGAUGUGAUGGACUUGGGCCUCAAGAACUGGAAGACCAAGUUAAUAGUCUAAAGGCAGAAGUUGAUAGUCUAUAUGCCGAGGAAUCCGAACUUGAUGAUUGUAUAAGGAAAAAGCAGGAGCUUCUAAGAAACCUGGAGGAAAGCGAAAGCUCUCAAAAGUACCUUUUUUUAACCAAGGAAGAUAUUCUUAGCCUUCCCUGCUUCCAGAAUCAAGAAAUUAUUGCAAUCAAGGCUCCAAAAGCUAGUUGCAUCGAGGUCCCUGAUCCUGAUGAGGAAUUAGGUUUUCGGCAAAGGCAGUACAAAAUGAUUGUUCGAAGUGCCAUUGGACCAAUAAAUUUGUAUCUCUUGAGCAAGGACGACAGCAAGUUUGAGGAUGAUAGUGCCAAACGGAUGAAAUUAAUGGAUCCAUCAUGGAAUAGUGAUCCCAUCAGAAAGAGGGGUGUGGGAUUAUUAGAAAGCCAACAUGAUGAAAAAAAUCCUUCUGAGCAUUUCAGUUUGCAGGGUUCACAAGCAUUUGGAAUUCAAGAAAUUACUCCCACGGAUUUUGAAAUGGAAGAUGACUAUUGGUUUCAAUCAGAUCCUGGAGUGAGCCAAACAGAAUUGUGGGGAAAUGAGUAGUUGGUUCAGAUAGAUGUGCUUCAAGACGAUUAAUCCAAUAAGAAGUGUGGGAUUUGCUUGAACACAAGCUUCACUAACAGAUACGAUUAAUAAGAGAUAGACUUUUAAUUGUUCCAGACGGCACACAGGGUACAUUUCAAACUGUAAAUUUUAGCUCUUUUUUUUGGCUCUUUUCUAUCAGCAGUUGCCUUAACUAGGAUAAUUGUGUCCUAGUUCUACAAUGUAACUUAUGAAUGAAUAAGAUUGAGAUAUAACUUCUAAAAUAGAAUUGUUUCAAACCUA